UGUCGAUGAAGGCUGUCCCCACUUCCUCUUGUGCGACUACGCUGUCGUUUGUACGGUUCUUCACGUUUCUUGGUCUCAUUACGGGCCGCGCAUAGCUAUGGAGAAUCACAUUCAGGGCGACCAAAGUGACGUGUUUGCCGGCUUCAGCACGGCAUUCAAGUCGUUCGCCACGGAGGCGAUUCACGUGGGCCAGGAGCCGGAGCAGUGGACGUCCAUGGCGGUAGUGCCGCCGAUUUCCCUCUCCACCACGUUUAAGCAGCAUGCACCGGGAAAGCACGCUGGCUUUGAGUACAGUCGCAGUGGAAACCCGACAAGAAACUGCCUUGAGAAGGCUGUAGCCGCGCUGGAUGGAGCCAAAUACUGCCUUGCCGUGGCUUCAGGGCUGGCUGCGACAGUGACCAUCACACACAUGCUGAAAGCAGGAGACGGGAUCAUUUGCAUGGAUGAUGUUUACGGAGGCACAAACCGCUACUUCCAGAAAGUGGCCGGAGAAUUUGGGCUGCAGAUCGACUUAGUGGACUGCACCAAACCCGAGGUAGUCAAGGCAGCGUUGAAGCCCAACACAAAAAUGGUGUGGCUGGAGACCCCCACCAACCCCACCAUGAAGGUGGUGGACAUUCGGGCCUGCUGCGACUUGGUGCACAAUCACAACAAAGACAUUGUGGUGGUGGUGGACAACACCUUCAUGUCUGCCUACUUCCAGCGCCCUUUGGCUUUGGGAGCAGACAUCUGCAUGUACUCAGCCACCAAAUAUAUGAACGGUCACAGUGACGUGGUUAUGGGCCUGGUGUCGGUCAGCCGAGAGGAUCUGUACGACAAAUUGAAGUUCCUGCAGAACGCGUUAGGUGGCGUGCCGUCUCCCUUUGACUGCUACCUGGUCAACCGCGGACUGAAGACGUUACACCUGCGCAUGGAGCGCCACUUCAAGAGCGCCAUGGCCACUGCCAAGUUCCUGGAGGCGGAUUCCAGAGUGGAGCGUGUCAUCUAUCCAGGUCUGCCCUCUCAUCCCCAGUAUGAAGUGAUGAAGAGACAAUGCACCGGAUGUCCUGGCAUGAUCACCUUCUACAUCAAAGGGAACCUCCAACAUGCCAACACCUUCCUCAGCAGUCUCAAAAUGUUUGCGGUGGCUGAGAGUCUUGGUGGCUAUGAAAGCUUAGCAGAGCAUCCGGCGAUUAUGACUCACGUCUCAGUACCCGAGGAGGAAAGGAGCAUCCUGGGCAUCAGCGACACUCUGAUCCGACUCUCUGUGGGCCUGGAGGACGAGGCCGAUAUCAUUGCAGACGUGAAUCAAGCGCUGGCCGCUGCUCAUCCAAAGACCAGCGUGAGUGUCUGAGGAGAUUCAAGAAGAGGAAGGCUGCCAACACCAAAAAGAAAUCAUCUCCCGUCAGACAACAACAACUUCUUGCAUGCAUAAAAAAAGGAAUCAUACUGAGUCAUGUCUUUUUUUUACCAGGGAUGCUCCGAUGGAUCUGUCAUCGAUUGGUAUCGGCAGAUUUCCGUAAAAAAAAACACAUGAUCGGCUUAUGCCGAUAAAUGUCCUUCAACGCAGAUCACAAAAAACGAUCGCGGUGAAGUGGUCACAUGACAUGAACGUGCACGUGUGUCGUGUCACGUAGGGCUGCCGACACCCGCACUGACCCGUCUUUGUCCAGUAUCGUCGCGAGAAUCAACACUAGUCUGUAAAACCUCCAACGUUUGGAGUUUGACAGCUUGACACAGGCUACGCCGAUCCAUGCCAGCGUGUCUGAUCACUCCCUUGACAAAUCUAUUGAUUGGUGCUGUAUUACGUCCAACAAUCUUCAAAACUUUAUUUGUGUGCGGUUGUUUCAUGAACAUAAAAACAAUCCGCCCAAACGUUUAUUUUUUAAUAACUGCCUAUUGCCAGGGGCACUUGGAAUUGUCUAGCGGCGCCCCUGACCAAUAGCACUCGUCAUAAAUCAAUUUUAAAAAGUACAGUUAAUCCAUGUGAUCGGUAUCGGCCGAUCUCGCUCGUGGAUGCGUGAUCGGUAUCCGAAUCGGGAGUAUAAAACCCUGAUCGGAGCAUCCCUACUUUUUACUAUUCAUGCGGCUUUUACUAGUAACGGCACUCUUAUUUAUCUCGGCUGGGUUGACUUUUGUUUUUGUGUUUUAAAGCGCUUUGAAAUGAUCCAAAAUGACGUCAAGAGUAUGUUGACUGACGCCACCUGCUGUUGAAAUCGCAUAACUCUCCAUCUUUCCUGUCAAGCAUCUGAUUAAGAAAUGCUACUCUUUUAUACAUACACGAUGUUCACACCGCAAACACAGCGCAUAUUGAUUGUGAAAUGACGUCAUGUACUGUGCAUGAUGAGGAUGAGUGUGUCUGAGACAGCCAUUAUCAAUAAAUGAGUGGCAUGUA